AUGUCAUAUAGAGAAUUUUUACAAGGGUAUGAAAAAGAAACCAACCAGCUUGACGACCUCAAGGAAGCAAUUGAAUACCACCUUAGCCUUGGUGAUUUCAGCACUGCUUCAACUUUACUUUGCCAAUUGGUUACACUGGAUGGUUACAACGCAACAGAAUGGGCGAAUCUCGGCCACUGCUACCUUCUAUUGGAAAGGCUCGAUGAGAGCUUUAGAGCCUACUCCAAUGCCCAUCUCAUUUGGAAAGAUUCAGCUCCAGCACAGCUUUGGUAUGGACUUGGCCUUCUGUGUUUCAAAUGCAGACUUUUUGAAAUGGCCGAGCGAUAUUUCCAAGCUGCUCUUCGAGCUGAUCCUAAAUUUGAGCAUACAUCUCACAUAUACUUAAAGCUUGGGAUUAUUAAUAAAAACUCCAAGCAAUACCUUAAGGCAAUUACUUAUCUAAGAAAUUGCUUAAACACUCAAGAUCUCAGUGAAGAACAGACUGUUGAGACUCUGUGCCAAAUAGCAAACUGCUUAGAAGUUUCAAGAAAAAGUUAUGCAAUAGAACUUUACCAAGUUGCAAAGAAUUUGAAAUCCAACCUAAAAACCACAGCAUGCUUGGGAUGGGGUUAUUUUGUAAAUAAAGACUACGACAAAGCUAUUGCAAUGUUCAACGAAGCUUUAAGCCUUGCUGAAAACCCAGAAACUAAGCCUUACUGCGAUAUAGUUUACCUGAAGGCUCGCUGCCUGAUAGAAACUAAGUCGUUUCAUAGGGCACUUUCUCUUCUUGUCUCAAUUACCACCAAAUACCCACAGGAGCCAAUUUACAAGAUGUCGUUGGCAGUUGUAUAUGUAGAGCUUGAGCAAUGCCAAAAUGCUUUGGCAUGCCUUUACAGCUGUCUAACACUUAAAUACGACGAAAUUGAGGCUUACAUCAAUUUGGGAAUUGUUAACGAAUUGAUGUUCCAAAGGGAAGAAGCCAUUGCGUGGUACCAAAAAGUGAUUGACAAAAACCCUGCAAAUAAUAUCGCCCCAAAGAGAUUCAAGCUUUUAAGCAAGCACAAAAACAAGCCAAGAAAUAUUCCAGAGCCGCUUCAGCCAAACAUCGACAUUACUGAAUUUCCAUUUAAGCAUAUUGAGUGGAAUUAUCAGCAAACUGCUUACCCUCAAAAUUGAAUAAAAAGUAACAUUGCUCAAGAGAAUACCAUAUUAGGUACUGUUGAAAAUAUAUAA